AUGAUUAUACAAGGUCCUGAUGGUCAGAAAUAUUGGAAGGAAUUGUCUCAAUUAACUUUACCAAAAGGAGGAAAGAAAUUAAAAUUUAUAACAAAAAAUAUGAUAGCUGUUGGAGGAGUAGUAGCUCUUUUUGGAUAUGUUUCAUUUCAAGCUGAGGUUAAUCCUAACAGUGUAUAUGGACGUAUUUAUACUAAAUUUAUUAAUGAACCUUUAAAAGUUUUUCAAGCUUUUACUAGUCCAAUGGCAAGUUUGGAAACACCAGAAGGUGAAGAAAAAAAAUAA